CAAAACUUAAAGCUCCAGUUUGACUGAAUUGUGGUUUUCUUAUGAUUUAUAAUCGUAAACACAUGUUCAGAGAGAUUAUAUAGCAAAAAUGGUGGAUUCCUUCACAGAAGAGCAAAUAGCAGAGUUUAAGGAGGCGUUCAGCCUCUACGACAAGGCGGGGGAGGGUACCAUAGACUCCAAGGAGCUGGGUACCGUGAUGAGAGCCCUGGGUGAGAACCCAUCCAUAUCUGAUCUAGAUGAGAUAAAGAUGGAACUGGAAUCAGACAUAAUCACCUUUGAGGAUUUUCUGAAGCUAAUGGCGACGAAAAUGAAGGAGCCGGAGUCGGAAGAGGAUUUAAACGAGGCUUUCCGAGUAUUCGACAAAGACGGACAGGGAAUGAUAAGCUCAGCAGAGUUACGUCACGUGAUGACAAACAUGGGGGAGAAGCUGACGGACGAGGAGGUGGAUGAGAUGAUUCGGGAGGCGGACCAGGACGGCAGCGGAAUGGUUAAUUAUUUGGAGUUCGUUAAAACAAUGUUCAGCAAAUAAAAACCACAUGUACUCGCAGUUGCCAUUCCGUGAAAACAUCCAUCGUCACCAUCGCCUGUUUUUGUUCAAAUGUAUUGCUCUUGUAUUUAUUUAAUAUGUAAAAAUAAACACUGACCACCACUCGUGUUCGCAAUUUCUGUACGGAACAUCUAUAAGAGGGGUUUGAAAGGGCUCGCUGAUGUUUUUGUAAAACGCACUUUUUUGUAUAACGAGAUAAAGUGUAGGAA